UGUACCUUUCACGCAAGGUAAAAUGUCGUCUUCUUUACAAACAUGAUUAGCCAUAUUUAUCGAAACCCAAAGCCCUAACUAGCUAGUGACAUUAACAAUAGCUAGGGCAUGGCAUGAUAAAGCACCAUUGUCGACCGUCCAAAUUAGCACCUUAAAAGGGUUACUUACUAAUGGCCAAGGAGAAGAAAAGAAGGAAAAGUUUGGCCGAAAGUGGGCAAGUUUGGAGGCGUCAGUUCAUCAGUUGUUUGGUACUUGAUGAUUAUGGCCAACAAUAUUGCUAUAAAAGCAGCUAGCUGAUGCUACUGUUUGGAUUGAUCACUUAAUUGAUUGGUUUGAAGCAAUUAAUCAAGAAGGUGUAACGUAACCACACACACUGCUCAAUCAACAGUGUAGUUAGACCUAGAAAACGGUUUAGCGAAUUAAUUGGUAGCUAGCUUAAUUUGCCAAAGCAUGAAUAUAAUAAUAGUGUAGUUCGUCUUUCGUGGUGGAGCUGAUCAGCUAGCUAGCUAGAUGUGUGGCUGUUUUUGGGUCUCUGCUGCUGACCUGAUUGAUCAUAACUGUUCUCUUGGAUUGGACAUGAAAGGGUUCAGCAGAUUCCUCUUUUUUUCUCCUUAUUUCAAAACGUUUGCCUACCUAGCUAAGUUGGGACUGAUGAAUGAUGAUGAUGAACCAAAUAACGUCUUAUUUCGCGUUAUUUAAAAAUAUUGUGUCUCCAAUUAACGUGUUGACGAAAAUGGGUGCCAAAUGAGUUAUUUGGAUCCAAAUAAUUUAUUAUGGGUUAUUUGGGCUCGAAUGACUCAUUACAAUCACUAGGGAUGGCAAUUUCGACCUGACCCGUUUUACCCGACCUGUUUGAACUAUUUUGGGGCGGGUCUGACCCGCCCCGUAGGCGGGGCGAGACGGGCAUGGGUAUUCUAAUCGACCCGACCUGCCCUGACCCGCCCAAUUCUUGACCCGUUCUUGACUAAAUUACAUGUAAUUUUAGUCAAAUUACUUAUUAUUUUAUUUUUAUUACAUCAUAUUUUAGCUGUUAUAAAGUUGUAAAUUAGUGAAAACCUCAAUUUCUCGAAUAAUUUAACUAUAUUUUAUCAUAUUAUGAUUUGUUUCUUGGUCUUAUAGUGAAAAUACCUAAUAUUACUAAUGCUUUCCAUAUAAAUUACAUACCCAUUGGGUCGACCUGCCCCGACCCGCGCCCCGUGAUAAAUUACCCGACCUGGACCCGACCUGUCACGGGGCGGGUAUGGGUAUCGAGAUACCCGCCCCGGACCUGCCCCAUUAUCAUUCCUAACAAUCACCCAUCCAAACGACCGCUAUAUUUUUCUCAUUCUGCUUUAUGUUUCUUUCUGGUUACCUUCAAAACGUUUGUGUACCUAGUUAAGUUAGGACACAUGGUGAACCAAGCGGCGUCAAAGAGCUUUGGUGUUUAACCGUGCAAAAGAAUGACAUGAGAUUUAUAAUUAGCCUUCUUCUAAUAAUUGAGAUAAGUUGAUUUAUAACUCUCAAGACCGAUCACAAACUUCUGAGCUACGAAUGUUUGGACUCCUCAAAUCAAAGCAUCAAAACUGGAACGAAAUUGUUUUGGAGAGUUAGUUAUGAACUUAUGACGACGCGUUCCAUUUUUUCCCUCUUCAUGCUGCAAAAAGAGGAGAAAAGGGUUUUCAUAAAGUUAGGGCCUAUUUGUCUUGCUGGUAAGUUAGGGUCUACGUUCAUACAAGUACGCAAUAAAAAGCUUCUUUUUGAUAAGUUUUUUAGUGGGGGGAUAUGCAAACUGUUAUCACUCAUCACCUAAGCAAAGCAAAGCAAAGAUGAAGCUACAAGAUAUUCCUCCCCUUUUUGACUUAUGAGAGGGUUGUGCUUGUGGUGGUGACAUGAGAUAACCAAAAGCUUCUAUCCAUCUUCGUAUCCAUGACGUUUUGUUUGUCGAUUAUAAAAAAAAAGAUGUCUUUUAAAGUCGACAAAGUGUAUUUAGUUUGGUGUCUAUUUACAAGUUGAUGUUAUUUGUGUUAGUUGCAUAUUUUUAUUUUACAUGCAAUUUUUAUUAUUUGUUUUGAUCGCGAGCUAUUAUUAUUAUUAUUUUCCUAAAAAAUAUUGCUUGGCUAAGUGCAUUUAUAUAAAAAUUGCGCUACAAUAAAAAUGAACAUGCAUUUGGUAAAAAAAUCAGUCAUGUUAGCUAUAGGCAAUGCAUGGCCUCUACUCCAACGUUCAUCUCUUCAUCAUAGUCAACUUUUCUGGUAGAAGCACCCCUGUUUUAAAUUGAGCAGGCUUUGAAUUCCAUUUGUAUGAGUGUCCAUCCACUAAGAAUUUUAAUUUUAUUAUUAUUAUUAUUAUUAUUAUUAUUAUUAUUAAGUCCUAGCUAAUUCAACCAACGUACAAGCAUAUAAUAUGAUGAAAUAGAAGCAAAUAAUAUCAUCACCAACCAAUCAACCAUAUAUUUUGUUCCACCAUGUAGACAAGAAUUAGUUGGAGUGCAUAAACACAAGACAUGGUUCUCACCACAUUCGCCGGGCCAUCUUUUUGUAGAAAAUAACUAUUUAUAAUGCAGAGCAUGACUAGCCAUAUACUAUAUAGUAAUAAAAAAUUCAGUCGAAUUAAAUCAUUUCAAUUUUUUCAUAGAAGAUUUGGUAAUGAGCAUAAUAAGUUCAUAACCAAAGAAAUUAGGCAUACAAAUUUCUACCUAUGAAACGAUCCUUGUGGGUAAAGUGAUAAGCAGAACAAAUAAUGUCGCUAUAAAUAUAAGUAAUAUAGACCUAUUAAUCAUGUUGAAUAAGAGAUAUGAAAUAAAGCAGGAGAUUUGCAUUGUUGAUGAUGGAUAAUAUUUGUUAGUUAUGAUUAAGGAGAUGUUGGUGUUUAGGCCAUCUCAAGUUUGAACAGUGUUCUUACGUCGCCCAAGCAAUACGAGUUCUACAAACACCCUAGUUCCUCCCCUGAAUGAUUAUAUUGAGCAACUUUCCAAAUAUACGGUGUAUGCUUCCAAAUAAGCAAUUCUGUCAAUUUUUUCAAGACUCUUUCUGUUGGUUUAGUAUAGCAAGAAUCUAUAGAUGAGCUCAGAAAACAUUCUGAAUAAUUAACUAUCUAUGUAGAGUCUUCAUUAAUGGCUCUAUGCCUCUAUCCAUAUGAACAGGUGCACUAGCAGCAGACUGUUGCUAACACUCAAAUUUUUUGCACAUCCUCACUAUAAAACAGUUGUAACUUGUAAGUUCCGAUUCCAAUUCCAAAACCAAAAAGUGAGAACAAUUGAUGACACGGUUGAAGAUAAACCCAAAGGGACGACACCCAUCAACAAGUCUUCGCUCGUUUCAUUUUCACCAAUAACAGAGGUCUUCUUUCAUUUCUGUCUGUCUUUACCCACAUACAGUGGUGAUACAGAGCAUGAUACAUAAUUAUAUUAUAUACUUUGGGGAUUCAAUGAUUUCAUAAAAUAAGGCAUUCAAGGCUAACAAGAAGACAGAGGACACAGAGAACAUAUAUUAUAGCACCAGUACUUUUGUCUCCACUAUCCCCUGGAUAAAAAAUUUAGAAAAAUGUACACUAAGAGAUUCACACUUGCAACUUCUUCAUGUCUCUUUUGACCUCCAAUCUGAAAAGCCCUUGUAUCAUGAUCACAGUCAAAUUCCCCCUUUCCCAUUUCCAUUUUCAUUUGCAUGGUAGUUGCAGCCCCAUUUUAGAGAAGAAAGUAGGGAAGAGGGGAAUGGAAUGGUAGUAGUGGACACCACAAUGCCUGUUCUCUAGCAGGCAAAGUAAUCCCACUAAGAUCUUCCCCAGCUUUUCAUCCAUUCAUGUCAUGCCCUCUUCCUUUACUGUGUUCUUUUUUUCACCUGUCCUUUUUCCCCUUCCUCCCAGGGCAGUCCACUCCUCUUCUUGCCUCUUUUCUUCCUAUUUAUUUCCCCUCUCCCCUGUCCUUCCACAAAGCAAAAGCUGGCCCCUAUAAUUGUGUUGUUUGUUUUCUUCUUUUUGGGUUUUUCUUCAAUCUUCAAAUGGGUUGUUUUCACUUCUCUGUUCAGUGCUAUCCCUUUCUUGAAAUAUAUGUAGGCUACGUUUUACCUGCAGUUUACAAGCAAGGCAAAAGAGACUUCUGUUUAGAAAUUUGCAGGGGAAUGAAUGGGAUGUUUAAACACGAAGAUGGACAAAAAGAAACCAAGCACAGAGCUCAAGAAUCUCAUAUUCCAAUGCCUUUUCUUCUUCUUUUGACCAUCUACCUUUCCUACAUCUCAACACAUAUUACAGCAGUACCCUUCCAAGGUAGCAUUUUACUUGACCAUAGCAUGAAAGUAACAUAUUUGGAACAAUUCAUUGAUGAUAGGUUCUAAAUCAUCAAAAAGUGAACAAACUCGUUUAGCGAAGGAAGAGAUGACAGAUAAGAACGCAUCAGAAUUCCAAUCCAAUCUAACGAGGGUGUUCUAUAUCUAGUUGUGUUUUGCACUUGUGCUACAUUAACCUCUAGCUCAGUGAUCAAGGUUUCUCACAUUUAUUUGCUUCCAAAGAUGGCUGCCCCACAAAAUGAAAAGAUGACCAAGCGACCCCGUAUAAUCCCCAACACAAAAGACAACAGAAUGAGUGUCGGUAGACCGACAGAGUUUGGGUGUAGGGUUUCCACCUCAUAUCCCUUUGUUUUUGUGCUCUCUCUACCCGCUUGUAGUUACUAGUUAGAGCUAUAUGGUAAUGGCGGUGGCCAUUUGGCCUCUCCUAAGCUUUCAUACACGUCCACCAGCAACAAUAACAACUGACUGUGAGGCCUGCUGACCUUUCAAUCCCAAACACAUUGACAAUGACAACUUCCAUGGCUAAAAAAAAGAAGACGACAAUACAUCUCAUCAUAUUAUUGCGAAAACAUGUAGCUUGUGCUUGAACAUCAAAGUACCUAAAGUACCUUGUAACAAAUUCACAUAUCACCUAUGCUGAAAUCCGUCCUCAACUCGGCCCCAUCAAUUAAUCUCGACCAUAUUAACUCCCGAACGACAGAUGUAGCAUAAAGGCGAAAUAAGACGUCAUUCGUGAGUCGAAUUAGGGGCAGAACACAAAUUUUCAAUAUAGAUGAUAUGCGAGUCGUCGGAAAGUGCUCACUAAGCACAGGUGAACCCUAAUAGUAACUAACUUGGCUAAUUUAACUUUAGUCUCCAGGGCGUAGAACUGAAGAAAUGACAGAACAAAUCGACAUAUUUGUUAAAAGUUAUACUAUGUGAACUUAUUUGUUAAAACGGCAUUGUAUGGUAAUUGAAACCAGUCAAACCACCAUCAAUAACCCUUCAAAAAUGGAAAGUAGCUUGGCCUGCAGUAGUGGCAUCGAGACUAGCUACAUAAGUCCUCAGAGACGAGAACUAUACCCCUCCAUUAACAACAACCAAAAUGAAGGUUUGGUUAAAAAAGGAGAAUAAAGAACUCUCCCCUCCCCACUUAACUAUCUGGAUUCCAAGACUAAACGGUCCUACUAAUAUGCUCUUUUUCUAAAGGGAAAACAGUAUAACUGUAAUUAUUAAUGCAAAGUUCCAAAGGAAGCAAAAACAAACCACAGUAGCAAAAGAUGGUAAGUCGCAGAGGGGCAGAACGUAUAAAGAAGCUUACCUUGU